CCUCCAUCAACAGCACCUUGUAUCUAGUACCCACUCUUCGACCACUCCUACAGUCCUACAAGAUGCGUUUCACACUCCUCCCAGUGCUCGCCAUUGGCGCCCUCACUCACCAAGUGACUGGCACUCCGGUCCCUUCGCAUGCCUACGCCGUCGGUGUAGCCUGCUUGGAGCCCAACUUCGGCGGUGAGGCCAUGCCUCUGUGGUUAGAGGGACGAUUCCUCUGCACGAACAUUGCGAGUAGCACCAUGUAUAAGAACAUCUCCUCAGUCGCUAUGUCCGACAAGUACUCGGCGUGUCAGUUCUUCACCGUCCCAGACUGCCCCGACAGCUUCGAGCGGUGGGAAGCACUAGGAGAUCUGAAGUACCCUGCCGUUCCUGCUCAGUUUGACAAUACUAUCACCUCUGUCGCAUGCGCGGCCAAGACGAAAAAAUCCACGCGUGGAGUCCAAGUCGAGUAUCCUCUCCAAGAUGAGUAUGCCGCCCAUCUCUACAUGGGCCAGAACCUUUCUGGCGACAAGCUCGACAUCCCCGUUGGUAACACCUGCAUAAACCUCUCCGAUAUGUUUGGUGACAACGCCGUGCGCUCUCUGGUGGUCGUUAAGGGAAACAAGUGCGGGUUCUACGAACUGCAAAGGCGAUGGCUUCGAGUCUGGCGCGGGUGUCAAGAGCACGCUUAGUGCGGCGUUUGAUCAGAAGCUCAGCAGCGUGCAGUGCUGGACCGUCUAGGCCGGGACCUACUGGUACUCUGGGAAUUCUACGAUGAUGGUCAUCUGACUUCGGUGCUUGCAUGCAUGUUACAUGAAGUUAUAGGAUACCUAUAUCUCAAUGUAUUCCUAUAGAAUCUGACCAACC